AAGGAGAAAAAUAAAUUUUUUUAAAAAUUUAGAUUGAAAUCUUAUGGUAAUUUUCUAUCGUAGGGUUUUGCCAUAAAAGAUACCGUUAACUACACUAUUCACCCUACCCUACUUAGGUUCGGGUGCAUAGCAACUAAGACAUCUAAAUGAGGACAUGAAAAGAGAUUUGGAAAAUAUUCAGAACAUCUUGCGCCGCAGUUAUGUUUUGUUUUUCAUAACUAAGUGGAAUGUUCUUUAUCUACUGGAUGCGUUAAAUGCCCUAAAACCUUCUUCAAGAAGGUAGGGCAAAUAAUGUUUUUCACUUCUCACCAUGAAAUCCUCGAAGUCUGUUAAAUCUAAUGGAACAAAUACUCAUGGAAUCCAUGGAGACACGAUUACAGCGACGAAUUUGGUUGAUAAGCCAGAUAUUUUACCUAUUAAAAAGCAGGCAGCAAAGAAGGUCAUAUAUCGCCGAGCAAUUACACCAUUACCUCCUAAAACUACCUCAACUGCUAAACCAACUUCAAGACCACAAACUUCCCUAGGGCUUUAUAAUGGGAAGGAUGGUAGCUUUGAUGUUUUGUCAACUGAGUCCAGACCAAGCUCCGCAUUUGGAUUCAACAGCAAUAAUGACAGAACAGCAAGUGGACACAAAAUUUCCAGAUUGAAAAGUCCUCAAAAAGGUAAAAGUGGGGUCAAGAGCUCACAAAAAUCUAAGAAAGUUCCACCAAAAGCCAGAGUGGUCUGGAAGGAUAAUGCUGAACAGCAAGGACAAGCAACAAACACUGAUGUGAAAUCGGCAAACGCUGAUCAACCAAAAUUAAAUGGCAGUGGGAGCAAUUCUUUAACUCCUCAAACAUGGGCAAGGAGCUCAUUAGACAGAGAGAGAGUUCUUCCUCGUCGACGCACAGGAUUCAAUGCAGGUGCCCUUAUUCCUGGAUCUGUCUCCACCAUGGUGUCCCUCCCAGAAACUGAUGAAAAUCAAAACACGGCUUCACUAGCCUCCCCUUCAUUUCAAGAUAUCUUGGACCAUGAUGCAAGUUCUGAAUAUGAUACUGAUCUGGAAGAAGACUUUCCAGUGCCACGAAAAGCUUUUGAUCCUACUGGAAAAAAUUUAUACCACAAGUUAUGCAAAGAGGGAGAUCUUGUUCCAGUUUCAUUCCUGUCUGACCGCCUCAACUGUCAGGAAGUGAUCAUGAAACAUCAUGGGCUUGGAUCACAGGGAACAUUUCCUAUUGCUAGAGCUCUUAUUAAAAACACAUUUACAGAGAAGUUAGAUUUGACAGAUAACUAUAUAGAAGCAGCUGGAGGGGUAGCGCUUGCCAGAAUGUUGCUGGACAACUGUUACAUCACUGAGAUUAACCUGUCAGAAAAUUUCCUCCGAUCAGAGGGUGGCUUAGCUUUUGCCAGCAUGUUACUGAAGAAUCAGUCUUUGGUAAAGUUGGUGUUAAGAUGUGAGAGAAUUACUAAAUAAAUGAGAUUAAGGAGUGAAAGGAGUAAAUUAUUUUUUGAGGUGCAUGGGUUGAUUAUCUUUUUAAACUUUGAAUUUCUGCUUUUCGUUCUUGCAAAUGGGGAAGGUCUUAGAUCUCCUAGGUAUACUGAACUGUUUCAUUUGGUCUUGUAACACCAGACGAAUGAUUGUCUAGCUCAUCUAAACAUUUCUUGGAAUGGCUUAUCGUUGCUGGGUUGUGUUGCACUGGGACGAUUUCUAAAGAAGAAUGAAGCUUUGGAAUCACUCGACAUAAGUAACAAUCGUAUUGGACUAUUGGCAACACAAAAGCUAGCCCUUGGCAUUGCUGCUCAUCCAAAUCUCAAGGUUCUCAAGAUCGGUAAGAAUCCAAUAGGUGACGGAGGUGUUGAGACACUUUUAAAUGUCAUUAAAGCUCAUCGAGCAAUCAAGUUCUUGUCUCUUGAGGACAUCACUGUAUCUCCAAAAAUUUACGAUGAAAUAAAAGAGAUCGAGAAGGAAAAGGGUGUCACUAUUAUUACAGGCGGUAUUGGUGGUUAUAAAAGACCCAAGGAAAUGCCCCCUGGUAUGCGUAUACUGCUUACUUUCAUUCAAGAUAACCGGCUUCGCCUGGUUGACUGGUUUAACCAGUUUGACAAGGACCACAGUGGUGGUAUUUCUCGCGAGGAGUUUAAGAUCGGGCUGAAGGAGACUGGGCUUGUGAUGACGCAGAGGCAGCUUGAUCGUUUGAUUGACUUCAUCGACAUAAAUGACGAUGGUGAAAUUGAGUACAGUGAACUUAUGCGAGGUCGUGAGAUUACAAUACAAGAAAUUCGCCAAGAGAAAAAAAUUGAAGAAAGGCAGAGAAAGUUUGAUGAGGAGCGCAUGCGUCUGCCUAAACUAGAGGGCUACGAUUACGACCUUAUGUAAAGAGGAAACUGGGGGACCGGUACUACGCCGGUGAAGUGUUCAGGUCUGCAUAUGCAUCGAGGGGACUGGGACAGGCAACAUUUAACGCACAGUUGUAGAACAAGAAACGUGUCUUAUGUACAUCAGUACGAAGAGAUGCUGUGUUAAACAGUGACGUGAUAUACAUGGAACUAUUGAUUAUUUAUUGGCUCUGCAAAAGUGAAUGUGAUUGUGGCUUUUAAACCGGGAAUGGCCGAAAUAGAGCUCGGAGAUAUUCGUAAAUGUUCGAAUGCUUGGAAGUUGAACAGCUAAUCUAUGGUCAAGGAUGGUCGACUCUGUAAAUUUACACUUUUACUGACAUUUUAAGUUAACGAACGAAAUUUGUUGAACUUCAAAAUUUUUUCCACCCAACUUAAUUUAUAACUGUCAGAUGUAAUAUAUUUUUACUUGCUCUUAAAAAGACGAGUCGUAUUUCGAAAGAAUCGAACUGAUGAUGUCUAAUUUAUAUGUGUGGAGCUCAUUUUUAUUGCAAAAGAUAGUGAUUAAAGGCAAAGAAAGAAAUCAUGUUUUCGAA